AUGAUGGAGCGCUACACGACGGGCGACAUCCUCAUCCGGAAGGCCCACCGCGGCAAGCUGCAGGAGGUCGUGUACCUCGUCCAGGACAUUGCGGUCGACGUCAACUACCGCAACAUGAACGGGUGCACGCCGCUGCACGCCGCCGCAGCCUCAGGCCAGCUCGAAGUCGUGCAAUGGCUCUUGCAUGCGCCGCAGAUCGACCCGUCGGUUGUCGACGAUGGCGACCAGACAGCGCUUCACUACGCCGCCUUCUACGGCCACCUUGAAGUCGUCCAGAUCCUCGUCGAGCAUGGUGUGCAGCUCGAUGCCAAGGACAAGUUUGGCCGACUGCCGCACAUUGCGGCCGCGCUCAAUGGCCACUUGGACGUCAUCCGAUACAUCGUCGAGGACUGCGACGACCACAUCGACAUCAACGCGAUCGACGAGUACGGAGGCACGUGCUUGCACUGGGCCGCGUCCAAAGGCCGAAAGGAGGUCGUCCAGUACCUCUGCAUGGCCGGCAUCGAUAUCCACGUCACGAGCUACGACAACCGCACUGCGUACCAGCUAGCAAAAGACAAGUACAAGACCAAGUGCAUGCAAUUCCUCAAGCUCUUGAUCCACGCCGCCGAGGAAGGCGACGAUGACACGAUCAAGCGCGUGAUCAACGACGUCAACGGCGCGUACCCGCUGCGGCAUCUCCGGGACAAGAACGGCAAGAACGCCAUGCACUGGGCCGCGAGCACGGGCCACCUCUCGAGCUUGCGCCUCGUGGCAGAGAGUUUCGACGAGUGGACCGAAGUCGACAAGUUUGGGCGCAACGCUCUGCACUGGGCAGCGCUCAAGGGCCAUAAGGACUGCGCGUUCUGGCUCAUCAAGAACUUUCGCGACUCGACCCAGUGGAAGACGCUGACGCUGACGGACAAGACGCCAUCGCGCUGUGCAUUUGAAGGCGGCCAUAGCGCCCUCGCCGCCCAGCUCCAGGCGUGGGAGAAGGGCAACGCCGAGUACUUGGCCCCCGAGAAGCCCAAAACCCCAGUGCAGCAGAACCGAGAUAUCGGGUCGGUGCGCAACUGGCUGCAGCAGCUCGAGCUCGGUGAGUACACGGACAGCUUUGAGAGCGACGGCUUUGACACGCUGCGGGGCGUCGCGACGAUGGACGAAGACGACUUGAUUGAGAUGAACGUCAAGAAGGGCCAUCGACGGGGCAUUCUGCAGCACAUCCAAGAGCUCAAGAACCAAUUGGCGGCCUACGACGAGCAGGCGGCGGCCAAUGGCUUCGAGCCCGAAGCGCUCCCCACCCUGAGCAUGCUUCCACAACUGCUCAAGACGCCCAGCGUAACACAGCUCAGCGCACUGCCGCCGGCCGUGUCGUCGUCGGACGACGCAUGA